GGAAUAUUGUGGAAUCUGUUCCCCAAUUAUUAAAAACAAAGGAAGAACCUGGCAGAGGAAUUCAGUGUGAGAAACACCGAGAGCCUUUGAAACUCUACUGUAAAGAGGAUCAAGUUCUCCUCUGCGUGGUGUGUGAAAGAUCCCAGGUUCACCGAGUCCACACUGUGGUGCCCAGGGAUGAGGCUGCUCAGGAGCUCAUGGAAACAAUAAUAGAACUCAAGAAGCAACUUCAGUCUGCCACGGAGAAACUGCACCUGCUGGAGGACAAGGACUGGAAGCCCCUCCCACAGAGGGCACGAGAUGAGGAGCUUCAGAGGCUGAAGAGACCAACUGAAAAGUCACCUGGAUCUCAAUGGAAAAGCUUCUCCCCUGGAAAGAAGAUUGCUGUGGAGACAGAGCUACAGGGACACAAAGAGAAAAAAAACAACAGAAAGCGAGUGUCCAAGAAACAGGAGUCUAAAAGUCAUGUCAUUCAUGCCAGCGAAGAGGCAUCUGUUCCCAAUCAAUCUUACCUGGACUCGAUAAUUCACCAAAUCAGAAUUACAACAGAGGAUGCUGAGCACAAUAAGGUGGACGUAGCAGGCCUUAGGCGAAGAUUUGAAGUUUCCAUGUCUUCAAAAGAAUCACUUGACCCUGGACUGAGAAGUGGGAAGCAUUUAGCAUCUUCUGACCACACAUGGAUUGUGCAGGUCGGCUCCAAGGAAAACAAAAAGAGAGAAAGUGCUGGAGAGAAUGUGUCUGAGAAGCAGAAUGGGGCUUCAAGUCAUGUUGUUGAAGAGACGCAAACUCUGAAACGUGGUAUCAGUGAAACAUCUCGGGACCUGACACCUCCCACUCUGAAUCCAUCAGUGGAGGAAGCUGAGGACAACCAGGUGGAUGUAGCAGGCCUUAGGCAAAGAUUUGAAGUUUCCAUGUCUUCAAAAGAAUCACUUGACCCUGGACUGAGAAGUGGGAAGCAUUUAGCAUCUUCUGACCACACAUGGAUUGUGCAGGUCGGCUCCAAGAAAAACAAAAAGAGAGAAAGUGCUGGAGAGAAUGUGUCUGAGAAGCAGAAUGGGGCUUCAAGUCAUGUUGUUGAAGAGACGCAAACUCUGAAACGUGGUAUCAGUGAAACAUCUCAGGACCUGACACCUCCCACUCUGAAUCCAUCAGUGGAGGAAGCUGAGGACAACCAGGUGGACGUAGCAGGCCUUAGGCAAAGAUUUGAAGUUUCCAUGUCUUCAAAAGAAUCACUUGACCCUGGACUGAGAAGUGGGAAGCAUUUAGCAUCUUCUGACCACACAUGGAUUGUGCAGGUCGGCUCCAAGGAAAACAAAAAGAGAGAAAGUGCUGGAGAGAAUGUGUCUGAGAAGCAGAAUGGGGCUUCAAGUCAUGUUGUUGAAGAGACGCAAACUCUGAAACGUGGUAUCAGUGAAACAUCUCGGGACCUGACACCUCCCACUCUGAAUCCAUCAGUGGAGGAAGCUGAGGACAACCAGGUGGACGUAGCAGGCCUUAGGCAAAGAUUUGAAGUUUCCAUGUCUUCAAAAGAGUCACUUGACCCUGGACUGAGAAGUGGGAAGCAUUUAGCAUCUUCUGACCAGACAUGGAUUGUGCAGGUCGGCUCCAAGAAAAACAAAAAGAGAGAAAGUGCUGGAGAGAACGUGUCUGAGAAGCAGAACGGGGCUUCAAGUCAUGUUGGUGAAGAGACACAAACUCCCAAACAUGGUAUCAACAGAACAUCCCAGGACAUGACACCUCCCACUGCAAGUCCAACAGUGGAGGAAGCUGAAGGCAUCCAGGUUCAUGUAGUGGAUCUUAGGCAAAGAUUCGAAGGUUUAGAUUCUGAAUCGAGCAUCUGACUCUGGACUAAAAAAAGGUGCUGCAAUGGUGGCAAAAUCCAGGAUGAAACUUCAGUGGUACCUGGUGAGGCUGAGGAAGAAGCACGCCUGACAUUUGGUAGUAUGGACUGUGCAUUGCACUAGAGGCUGUGCUUUGUCAUUGAGUGACUUUUUUUCUCCCACGGCAUUGCACUGCUGACUCAUGUUGAUGCUAUGAUCCACCACA